GCAGGUCGGUUCUGUGAGCAGCUCCGUGUCUCUUUCUGUGUUUCUCUCGCGUCGCUUCGUUUCUUUUAACACGAUUUUUUGCUUCUGUUUUAGGAGAAUUUUGCUGCUGCUGGUGUUGAGGUCAGCCUCGGCUUUGCGGGAACUGAAGGCCGGGAUUGUUGAGCUUUUCGCCGGGUAGCGGCUGCUGGAGAGUCCGUUGGUGACGGACAGCACUCGCUUCUGAGAGAACGACAAGAGGAGAUCUGCCGCUAUGACUUCACUGGGAAACAGCAGUUCCUCUGCAACGGAGUACGUUGUCAGGGUUCCCAAGAACACUAGUAAGAGGUACAGCAUUAUGGCUUUUAAUGCCGGAGAUAAAGUCAACUGCUCUACGUGGACUCAGGCCCGAAUGGAACGAGAUAUGAGUAACCGGCGGAUGUACGGGGAGGAGGAAACUGCUGAGGGAGCUGCCGGCAGUGAGUUUGGAAAGAAACAGAGGGAGGAGUCACGUAGAAAGAAGUUCGGCAUAAUCACCAAGGAGUUUAAAGUUGAAGACCAGCCUUGGAUCCUCAAAGUCAAUGGCAAAGCUGGGAAAAGGUUUAAGGGGUUGAAGAAAGGUGGAGUAACAGAAAAUGCUUCCUACUACAUCUUCACCCAGUGUGCCGAUGGGGCCUUCGAGGCCUUUCCUGUGCACGGCUGGUACAACUUUACCCCACAGGCCAAGCACCGCACCCUCACCGCAGAAGAAGCUGAGGAGGAAUGGGGCAGGCGUAAUAAAGUUGUGAACCACUUCAGUAUCAUGCUCCAGCGCCGGCUGAGGGAGCAGGAGCACGGAGAGGAGGAGGAGGAAGGUGCAGGGGAGAAAGGUGGGAAGAAAAAGAAGAAGAAAGGAGGCAGAGGAGGAGACCUGCGCAUUCAUGACCUGGAGGACGAUCUGGAGAUGAGCACUGAUGAGAGUGACAGCAGUGGAGGAGAAGAUGGAGAAGGCAAGUCGAAGAGUAAAAAAGAGACAAACGCAAAGGGGAAGGGUAAAAAGAAGAAGAAGAAGAAGGGCAGUGAUCAAGAGGGAUUUGAAGACAGUGAUGAUGGUGACUUUGAGGGGUUGGAGGUGGACUACAUGUCUGAUGAAAGCAGUUCUGAGGAGGAGGAGCCAGAGAAGGCAAAACCCAACAAAGGCGACGAUGUUCCAAAAGGGAUUGAUGAGGCUUCGGAGAGUGAAGAGGAGAGUGAGGAAGAGAACAAGAACGAAGAGGAAAACAAAGAAGAAGAGGAGGAGGAAGAUGGAAAGAAGACCCCUGUGCAGGCAGAGAAAAAGAAAAAGAAAGACAGCAGUGGAGAAUCUGACACCUCUGAGGACAGCGAUAUUGAGGGAGAGACAGCUUCUGCACUUUUUAUGGCGCAGAAGAAGCGGACCCCACCUAAACGAGGAGGCAGGGGGUCUACCGGAAGUUCCAGAACAGGAAGCCGCCCUGGAACUCCUUCUAUUGACAACGCUGCCACCUCCAAUACACUGCGCGCUGCUGCCAGCAAACUGGAACAAGGUAAGCGGCAGGCGACUGUGCCCAGUUCAGACACACCAGCUGCCAAAAGGCUAAAGAUGGAUCCCAGCUCUCAGAGUCCUUCAGGAAAGAGCACCCCUCAGCCAGCAUCUGGCAAAUCUACACCCAGCUCCAGUGAUGUGCAGCUCACAGAGGACGCGGUACGGCGGUACCUGAUCAGAAAACCCAUGACCACUAAAGACUUGCUGAAGAAGUUCCAGACCAAGCGCACCGGCCUGAGCAGCGAGCAGACAGUCAAUGUGCUGGCCCAAAUCCUCAAGAAACUCAACCCAGAGAGAAAGAACAUCAAUGACAAGAUGCACUUCUACCUCACGGAGUAAAGCAGACAAAAGCAGCUUAUCUGAGAGAUUGUGGUUUGUGAAAUACACUCAAGAGCACUAACUAGUGUUCCACAAACCUGAAGAGAACUGAAUGUUGGGAUAGUGUGGUGUAGUGAGGACUCCAGACACUCAGCUGGCACAGCAAUGUCCCAACAAUUCAACAUUUAGGUGUGUUACAUAAUAUUACGCCAGGCUUUAGAUUCUCUCUUUUGCUUCAGUGUUCACUUAGUGUUCAUUUACUAAUAAAAAGUUCACAAAGAUCCAGAAGGAGAUCAAGUUUUAAGGCUACAUCAAAAUGGAGAGAGGCUGAGGGAAGUUCUAAGAUGAAAAUAGGUUUCCAAUUUCUUAGCACAGCUUAUUUGUCAGAUAACUAGUAAUAAGAUUAGGAAUGUGAGAUUGGAAAUGUUCAGAGAGCAAAUUGUAUGUUUUUGAUAAUUAUCUUUGACUAUUGGUACAUUUAUGAGUCUGUAAGCACAUUUAUUAAUGGGUGAUGGACAGGCCUAAAGAGUGCUGAUAUUGACUCAACACAGCAGCUAGAAAUACUUUUUUUUUACUGGUUUAAACCGGAUGCAUUUUUUAAAGCUGUUUUGACUGCCUUUUUAGUUCAAUAACUAAUUGUUUCACAUAUACAAUAUCCCACACUGUAAUAAAAACCUCAUUAUUUGAGUGCAA